AUUUCCUAUUUUCCUUCCUUCUCUCUCAUUUCGUUCCCUCCCCUCUUUUUUUUUAAGAACACCCUUCUUCCGCACCAGAACCAGAUACAAAGCUUUUUGCUUGCUCUCUUCCCAAAAACCCUAGUUUCCAUUUCCCCUCCAUUCUUCCUCCAGGGGAAAGGAUACCACUUGAACAUGCCGAGAGAAAUCAUCACUCUGCAAGUGGGACAAUGCGGGAACCAGAUUGGGAUGGAGUUCUGGAAGCAGCUUUGCCUCGAGCAUGGCAUCAGCAAAGACGGCAUUCUUGAGGAUUUCGCUACUCAGGGAGGUGACAGGAAAGACGUGUUCUUUUACCAAGCUGAUGACCAGCACUAUAUACCUCGUGCUUUGCUAAUCGAUUUGGAGCCCAGAGUGAUAAAUGGAAUUCAGAACGGUGAAUAUAGGAAUCUCUACAACCACGAGAACAUCUUUGUUUCAGAUCAUGGUGGGGGUGCUGGAAACAACUGGGCCAGUGGAUAUCAUCAGGGUCAAGGGGUUGAAGAAGAUAUAAUGGACAUGAUAGAUAGAGAAGCUGAUGGAAGCGAUAGUCUUGAGGGUUUUGUGCUUUGUCAUUCGAUUGCCGGAGGGACUGGCUCAGGUAUGGGUUCAUAUCUGCUGGAGACUUUGAAUGACCGUUAUAGCAAAAAAUUGGUGCAGACGUAUAGUGUAUUUCCAAACCAGAUGGAGACAAGUGACGUGGUUGUUCAACCAUACAACUCUCUGUUAACACUCAAGAGACUGACACUCAAUGCGGAUUGCGUUGUCGUUCUUGACAACACUGCUCUCAAUAGAAUUGCAGUGGAGCGCCUACAUUUGUCGAAUCCUACUUUUGCUCAAACAAACUCUUUGGUAUCUACUGUGAUGUCUGCCAGCACAACUACACUGAGGUAUCCUGGGUAUAUGAACAACGACUUGGUUGGACUUCUUGCGUCUCUAAUUCCCACACCAAGAUGCCAUUUUCUCAUGACAGGAUAUACACCACUUACUGUGGAAAGACAGGCUAAUGUUAUCCGUAAAACUACUGUAUUGGAUGUCAUGAGAAGGCUCCUACAGACAAAAAACAUCAUGGUUUCUUCAUACGCUAGGACAAAAGAAGCUAGUCAAGCCAAGUAUAUUUCGAUAUUAAACAUAAUCCAAGGGGAGGUAGACCCUACUCAGGUCCAUGAGAGCUUGCAGAGGAUUCGCGAGAGGAAGCUUGUCAAUUUUAUAGAGUGGGGCCCAGCAAGUAUACAGGUUGCUUUGUCAAGGAAGUCUCCGUACGUCCAGACUGCUCAUAGGGUAAGUGGUCUCAUGUUAGCAAGCCAUACCAGCAUACGGCAUCUCUUCGACAAAGUUGUGUUCCAGUAUGCCAAGUUGAGAGGGAAGCAAGCUUUUCUUGAUAACUACCGGAAGUUCCCAAUGUUUGCCGACAAUGACCUUUCUGAGUUCGACGAAUCAAGGGAAAUAAUCAGUAGUUUGAUUGAUGAAUAUAAGGCUUGUGAAUCUCCUGACUACAUCAAGUGGGGCAUGGAGGAUCCUGACCACCUCCUGACAGGUGAUGGCAAUGCUUCAGGAUCAGUGGAUCCAAAAUUAGCAGUUUGAAAAUUCUAAAUCGUGAGUUGAACAUGAAUUUCCCACACAUCCAAUAUAUUUCCGCAAGAGCAGAAGUAAUUUUGGAAUGGCGGUUGAUACCUAGGUUAGUUUCGUUUCAUUGUCAAGAACGAUAUAGGAGUAACUAGCUUGAAUGUCCACUUGCAGGGGAUGCAAUGAGGCAUUAGUAGCGCCAUGGGAAAGAGGACUAAUUAGUUGUGCACAUAUUUUCUUUGUUGGGUUAUGCCUGUUUGUUGGAAGCUUUGAUCGAACGUGUGGUAUCCUGUACUUUGGUUUGCUGUAAGAUUCAAUUUCUACCAUGGAGGAUUCAGAAUCUCUCUACACCUGUAUUGGGGUUUCGAGAGAUUGGACAAGUAUUGGUCGGAGUGGCCUAAUUUCUGAAUGUAGGUGAUAGAUCAUCACUUCUGUAAUGCAUUUGUAUAAAAUUUGUCAGACAUGUCAUGGCUAGGCAUCUGAAACUCACCUUUUCCCCAAAGUUGUAGGCAGUUAUGGAGUUCAAUUCUAAAGGUUUGAUAUUGAAUCAGUGACACAUUUGGCCUACAAAUAUGCUGGAAGUUGAACUCUUAGCAUGUGCAUUGGGCAACAUGUUCAUGUUUCCUAUCAAUUGUCGGCUGCCAAGGGGUCGUGGUUAUGCUUUGACAGCGUUAAAUUGAUUAAAUAGAGCGAAUUUCA